GCGUGGGUCGGAGAAGACAGACAUGGCGGCGCCCAGUUUCCCCACGCCGCUGUACGGGCAUGUGGGCCGCGGCGCCUUCAGCGACGUGUACGAGCCCGCGGAGGACACGUUCCUGUUGCUGGACGCGCUGGAGGCGGCGGCGCCUGAACUCACGGGAGUAGAAAUAUGCCUUGAAGUAGGGUCAGGGUCUGGAGUGGUAUCUGCAUUCCUAGCCUCUAUGAUAGGUCCUCAAGUUUUGUACAUAUGCACUGAUGUCAACCCUGAGGCAGCAGUGUGUACUCUGGAGACAGCACGCUGUAACAAAGUCCACAUUCAACCAAUAAUUACAGAUUUGGUCAAAGGCUUGCUACCAAGAUUGAAGGAAAAAGUUGAUCUUCUGGUGUUUAAUCCCCCCUAUGUGGUGACUCCACCUGAAGAGGUAGGAAGUCACGGGAUAGAGGCGGCGUGGGCUGGUGGCAGAAACGGUCGCGAAGUCAUGAGCAGAUUCUUUCCCCUGGCUCCAGACCUCCUUUCACCAAGAGGGCUGUUCUUCCUGGUUACCACUAAGGAAAACAACCCAGAAGACAUUUUGAAAAUAAUGAAAACAAAAGGUCUACAAGGGACCACUGCACUUUCCAGGCAAGCAGGCCAAGAAUUCCUUUCAGUCCUCAAGUUCACCAGAUCCUAGUCUACAGUACGUGCUUCUUAAAGCUGAAUGCAUUCAACGUAUUUUGAAACUGGAGUCAUUUCUUGGUUAAGGAGUAAAACUGUCAGAAAUCUCUCAUACAGAAAAGGUGGAACGUUAGGGCGUUCCUUUUUACCUAGGAGUCAGGCUACAGAAAUAUUUGCACAAAUGCAAGUAAAUGUAUAUAUAUUAUAUGUACAAUUUGCAUUUUGUAUAUUACUAUAUAUGGAGAAUAUAUAUAAUAUAAAAGUUAUAUAUGAGAGGAUGUUCAUUUCAGCAUUACUUGUAAUAGUAAAGUCCAUCAGCAAAGGGAUAUAAAUUACAGUCUAUUCAUGUUACUGAACUUGAGUGACAUAUACAGCUAUUAAACACAAGUCAGUCCUGAAUAUACUGAACCAGAGGGGGUUCAUGAUGCCCUAUUGAGUAGUGAA